AUGAUGUCUCCCGUUCCUAUCUCAAAAGUCGGUUCGGUCACAUCUACGACGGUCCAACCGCCAACGCCACCGUUAUCACCACCGCUCCCGACUCCUCGAACAAUCACAGAGCUGUUGUCACUGAGAGCGCGAGAGUUUCCAGAUGAGCCUAUUUUUGGGUAUCCCUCGGACGACCUCGACUAUCUCGAAUACACAUACUCGGACCUCGUGAGAAUAUCUUUUCAAGCAGCACGAGGUUACUCGAAAUGCUUGCCGGCCCGUACCGACUCGAACCAAGAGGCGCGAGUCAUCGCUUUGCUUGGGCCUUCCAAUUUGGAUUAUUUCUUCACCCUGUUAGCUCUGUCCAGACUAGGAUUCACGGUGCUCUUCCUGUCGACGAGAAUAUCCGAGGCGGCGUAUUUGUCGUUAUUGGACGUCACGGAAUGCCGCCACAUCGUGAUCGAUCCGUCAUUUCGAAAGACUGCAAAUGCACUUAUGGAUUCUAGACCCAGACUUGAGGUCAUCGAUAUUCUGUCCCGCAACCAGUACGUGGCCGACGCACAACUAGACGAUACUGAGGCACAGCAGUACUUUGAUCUGGACGAGGAGUCUUCCAAGGUUGCUUGGAUCAUCCACUCAUCUGGCUCGACUGGCCUUCCGAAACCCAUCUACCAAACCCACAAAGCCGCACUGAAGAAUUAUGAGAACAGCUUGAGAAUGCGUGGCUUUGUCACGCUGCCACUCUUUCACGCCUUCGGGCUCAGCAACGUCUUCCGUGGUAUCACCGCCGUCAAGAAGAUAUACAUGUACAACGCCAACCUGCCGUUAACCAGUCAGCACCUGCUCAGAAUCCUGACAGAUCACCAAUUCGAGAUCUUUCUCGCCGUACCAUAUGCACUCAAACUCUUAAGCGAGACGCAGGAGGGCGUCGAUGCGCUGGCGGCAUUGAAAGUUGUCAUGUUCGGAGGCUCGGCAUGUCCAGAUGCUCUGGGUAACUUGUUGACUGAAGGUGGUGUCAACUUGAUCAGUCAUUAUGGGACCACUGAGACGGGUCAGCUUAUGACAUCUUUCAGACCUGCUGACGACAAGGCCUGGAAUUACGUCCGAGAACACGAAAAGCUGAAACCCUAUCUCAGGAUGGACCCCAAAGGUGGGAGCCUUUAUGAGCUUUGUGUUUUGGACGGAUGGCCGUCAAAGGUCGCGACGAAUCGUGAUGACGGAUCGUACGCGACGAAAGAUCUCUUUGAGCCCCACCCGUCGAUACCAGGAGCGUGGAAAUAUUGCGGGCGACUUGAUGAUACUCUUGUCUUGGUCAAUGGCGAGAAAGCCAUUCCCAUUGCCAUGGAGCAGGCGCUGCGGCAGAACAAACUGGUUCGAGAGGCGGUCAUGUUUGGGGCGGGUAAGAGCCAGCUAGGUAUGAUGGUCAUCGCUUCCGAGCAGGGGCAGGGCUUGGAGGACCGAGACUUGAUCGAGGCACUUUGGCCAACAAUCAAGGCGGAGAACAAGUCAUUGCCUGCCUAUGCCCAAUUGGCCAAAGACAUGGUCCGAGUUCUGCCCGCGGGUACAGCAUAUCCUUGCACCGACAAAGGUUCACUGAUGCGCCAGGCAUUCUACCGAGCCUUCCAUAAAGACAUCGAAGAGGUUUAUCAACAAGCAGAGUCGAGGAUGGGUGGCACACUUGUACUCUCAGAACCGGAACUGCGAGGAUUCCUCCGAACACAUCUGUUGGAGCUUUGUCAUCAAGAUGAACCCUCCAGCCUUGCAGAUGAUGCCGAUUUGUUCUCGUCGGGUGUGGACUCCUUGCAAUCGAUGAGGCUCCGUGCAAAGAUAUUGAAGGAGAUUCAACUCAACGGCAACUCGGUACCACAGAACAUUGUCUUCGAAUACCCAACAAUUGCUAAACUGGCCGCUGCCAUUCUCAACAUCCGAGAUAGCAAAUCUGUCGAGACGCGGGACGUGGUCAAGGAGAUGGAACAGCUUGUUGCUAAGUACGGCGUUUUCCCCAAACAUGUUCCUGUGCCAUUAAAGUCUCUGGAGAAUUGCAUCGUUGUCACAGGCGCGACUGGAUCGCUUGGAGCACACCUGGUUGCACAGCUGGUUCACCGGGAAGAUAUUUCCGAGGUGUGCUGUCUGGUACGAGCCAGUUCCGAGACUUCUGCUCGUCAACGGGUCAUUAGGUCGAUGCAGGAGCGGGCCGUAUACCACGAACUUCCACUGAAAUUGCGUCGCAAGAUAUCCUGCUAUGCAUCUGACUUUUCAAAGGCAAACCUGGGCCUCGAUGACAGACUCUAUGCCAGCAUUUCAGCAAAGAUCACAAGCUUGGUGCAUUGUGCCUGGUCGGUCAACUUCAACAAAAGCCUCAGCAGCUUCGAGGCAGACUGCAUUGCAGGCACCCGGAAUUUGAUACUUUUUUGCCUUUCAGCCAGACAACCUACACCUGCUUCUUUCAAUUUCUGUUCGUCGGUUUCAACCGUGGCGAGCACCCCUGGAGAUGUCAUUGCAGAGGCACUUCCCCCCAGCUUCAAGUGCGCCCAAUGCAUGGGAUAUGCGCAAUCAAAACUCGUGACUGAGCACCUGGUGACUCGAGCCGCCUCUCAAACAGGACUCCAGGCCCGUGUUCUGCGCGUCGGACAGAUCAUCGCGGACACUACGCAUGGAAUCUGGAAUGACACCGAGGCCAUACCUUUGAUGCUGCAAGCAGCCACCACAAUUGGUACCCUCCCAGCCCUUGACGAAUCUCCACGUUGGUUGCCGGUUGAUAGAGUCGCGACGACCAUCAUGGACAUCUCCCUUUCAAGCACCACACAGUCAGUCUUCAACAUCGUCAAUCCCCGUAUUUUCCAUUGGACGAAAGAUCUCCUACCAGCGCUGCACAGCGCAGGUCUAUCAUUUGCCCCAGUGGGUCAGCGCGAAUGGAUUCGCCGACUGCGCGCAUCGAAUCCAGACCCUGAACUGAAUCCCACGAUCAAGCUUGUGGAAUUCUUCACGAAUAAGUAUGACAACGACGUUACCAAACGGAAAAUCUUCAACUAUGUCACCUCUUCAGCAGAACAAAUCUCACCUGAGCUGGGUAGUGUGCCUGCUUUGUCUCCAGAGCUGGUGAAGAAGUUCGUCGGCCACUUUCUGAAGACGAGUUGGUUGCCCAAACUGCCAACGGCUGGCAAUCGAUCGCAGUCACAGACCCGGCUCAUCGUCGCAAUAGGUCCAUGUGGGGUUGGUAAGAGCACGCUUGCCGCAGAGCUUGCGGAAUCCCUAUCGUGUCCGGUGAUUGACGGUGACGUUAUCCAUGAUGCCAUUGCCGCUGCAAAGAUGAGCCAGGGAAUCCCUCUAACCUCGUUAGACAGGCAAAUCUGGCUUGGUCGAGUCAAAGUUGAGAUCCUGGAAUGUGUUCGAGCUAAUCAUCUUGUCCGUGGUGGUCGGCCGCGACCCAAUGAGGGAAACAGAAGAGAUGUCAUCUUCACGUGCUCCGCACUUUCCCGUUCCCAUCGCGAUGCGUUGCGAAACAUUCUGCCCGCGGCCAACGGUGAGACACAAGUAGAGUGCAUCAAAACUGUGUUUGUCGUGUUGCAGGCCACAGAGGACGAAAUACUCCGGAGAGUGGCGCAGACAAAGGGACAUUACAUGAAAGUUGAUAUGAUAGCACCUCAGUUGGAAGCGAUGGAAAAACCUGGCGUUGACGAGACGGAUGUCUUCCCUGUGGACGCAGAGCAGGAGAUGGAAGUGAUUGUCGGGGAAGUUUUGGCUGGGUUAAAUGUCCUAGCGUAG